AUGGCAUCUGAGGUUAUCGCUGAGGAGUCUUCGAUACCGGGUACUGUCCACCUGGUCGAUCUCGAUGGUACCAUGCACGCGCAGCAUGCCAACGGCGGACAAAGAGAUAUCGUACUUGUUCCGACCCCCUCGCAAGAUCCCGAUGAUCCAUUGAAUUGGUCACCUCGAAGGAAAACACUUUCUAUGGUCUGCAUGGGCGUCUAUACGCUGAUGGUGGGUAUCGCAAGUGCGGCUAUAUACUCGAUCCUGGAACCCAUCGCCGAAGAGACCAGUCUGACGCUCAACGAGCUCAACAAUGACAUGUUUCUCUUCUUUGGCUGGGGUUGUUUAGUAUGGCAACCACUUGCUUUGCAGUACGGCAAGCGACCAGUGUAUCUAUUCAGCAUCCUUGCGACUAUGGCUAUCCAACUUUGGGCACCGUACACUAAAAGCAAUGGUCAAUGGAUCGCCAACAAAAUCCUUCAGGGCUUUUUCGGAGCACCCAUUGAGAGUCUCUGUGAGAUUUCCGUUACAGACGUUUGGUUUCAGCAUGAACGCGGAACCUAUCUGGGACUCUAUGCUCUUCUGCUAGCAGGUUCCAACUUUCUUGCUCCGGUACUUGCUGGCUUCAUCGCGGAUGGCCAGGGUUGGAAGUGGGUUCUGUAUUGGUGCGCCAUCUUUUGUGGCAUCGGAUUCGUCUUUCUUUUCUUCUUCAUGGAAGAAACGAACUACUCCAGGCAUUCGAUUACUGGAAUAGCUCCUGAUAUCGCCGUUCAACCCGAACAGACCUCUGCCGCAGUCAAGAUGAAUGAGAAGGACAUACGUCCGGAUGACGGCGAUUUGGCUUCGGAGACCGGAUCACCUGCUGCACCUGACAAGUUUAAGCGGAAGACGUACUUUGACAAACUCAAGCUAUGGCAAACGUCUGACUUGCAAAAGGACAACCACAUCGCCGGCAUGACCACUCGACCGCUUAUCUUCCUCACUUUUCCUGUCAUACUAUAUGCUGGGUUCUCUUAUGGUAGCAAUCUGAUCUGGUUCAAUGUACUCAACGGAACCGCUUCUUCCAUCCUUGGAAACGCUCCAUACAACUUUCCAGCUUCCAUGGUCGGUCUAUCGUACAUCUCGCCUCUUAUUGGUGUGGCCAUUGGAUCCUUCUAUACAGGAGUUCUUGGCGACAAAUUUGUUCUUGCGAUGGCACGCCGUAAUGGAGGUGUACUCGAGAGCGAACACAGACUCUGGCUAUUUCUGCCUUCGUUGCUCUUGAUCCCUGGUGGACUGAUACUGUGGGGAGUUGGUGCGGCACAACAUGUAAUGUGGUUUGGCUGUGUCUUUGCAAUGGGCGUCAUUGCUUUAACCAACACCAUUGGCAUCCAGCUGAGUAUCUCAUACGCCAUCGACUCAUACAAAGAUCUUGGUGGCGAGGCAAUUGUCACUGUCAUCUUGGUUCGCAACACAAUGAGCUUCGCCAUUGGAUACGGCAUCACUCCUUGGAUUGACGGUAUGGGUCUGCAAAAUGCUUUCAUCACAGCAGCGUUUGCAGGUCUUGCGCAAUGCCUGACCUUCCUCGUCAUGGUGAGAUGGGGCAAAGAGCUCAGAAGAAAGAGUGCUAGCAAGUAUGCCAAGUAUGUUCAAAAGAUGGCAGAAAGUGGCCUCGUACACUGA